ACCGCGACUGAGGAGCUCACAUGUUGUCAAUACUUGCUCUUGGUCUUCUUGCGAAAGCUUGCCUGGCGAGCGACUUUUGGGUCACAAAAUGGAGCGAGACACCUGCCAUGGAACGCCUUGAACGUGUCGUGGGAUGUCAAUCCGCUUCAAACAUUCGCAAUGUUGCCGUCUUUAACAAAGACUUCUCUGUUAGUCGCAGCGGACGCUUGUUCGCGACAAGACUCGGCAUGCCCAAAUCAAGUUCAAUCUGGAGACUGGCCUAUGUGGACAUCAUCAGCAGGUCACGUACCAUUUCUCUACAUGGACGGCGAGCUGUUUGGUGGCGAUUCUUGGGACGAAACGGUGUCAUGGCCUCUAAAUCUCACGAACGACGUGCAAUGGGUACAUGAAAGAGCCAUCGUGUGGAAUACCAACAACGAUUCGAACUCCCUGAACGAUCAAGCAAUUACUUUGACGCACAAUCUUACUGUAAAUUCUCCUGGUGGUCAAUUGUACACCAUGAACGCUGGUUUCUUCUCGUUGUAUGGCGCCGAGAGCAACAACACCUGGCUCAAUGCCACUGGAUUCAACCACACUCAAUACCUCCAUUUAGCGACCGCAAAGCAGAAUAAGCUGAUCUCAUCCCUCUCUUACGGACUCGCGAUCGGCUCUCCAAGUCUCGAUGUCGAACCCAGUCUGAUUCUGGGCGGUUAUGACAGGUCCCGUUGUUUGACCAAGCCUAUUACCACUCAGAAUACGACCUUCCGACUGACUGACAUUUCUGUUGGCACCAAUGGUACUGAGUGGCCCUUCCUGGCUGCACAUGGGGCCAACACCAAUGCUUCUAUGGGACUGCUUACGAAUGAUGAAUCGCUACAAGUCUUGGCCAAUCCUGGUGUUCCAUACCUCCAUCUGCCACGCGCUACGUGCGACGCAAUCGCGAAGUAUCUCCCCGUCACUUAUGACGAGAAUCUAGGAUUAUAUCUUUGGGACACUAAAGCGGACUCCCGCAAUUAUGAUGAGAUUACCACAACAUUUGCAUACUUGACAUUCACAUUCAGUGAUGAGUCCACCCAGCAGGAACAAGAGAUCCACGUACCGUUCUCUCUUCUUGAUCUAGAGCUUGAUGCACCUCUUGCAUCAUCCAAGACGCCGUACUUCCCAUGCAGGCCAUUCACCCCUCAUGAAGGGGAGCCUUAUCAUCUUGGUCGUGCCUUCCUACAAGCCGCGCUUCUAGUGCAAAACUGGGAAACCAACACUACCUGGCUGUCACAAGCCCCGGGACCGAACACGACGAUACCAUCAAGACCUGUUAUCAUAGAACAGAAUGACACCACGAUUGCCGAGAUGCCAAGUGCUCCUGACUGGCUUUCCACAUGGAAUGGAACACUUAAAGCCUUCAACGGGACUGGGCUGAAUUCUUCGGGCUCUAACUCAGACUCCAAUACCGGCUCUGGCUCCAGCUCUGACUCAACGACGGGUUUUGCUUCUCUCUCUGGUGGAACAAUCGCAGGAAUCGCCAUAGGCGUGGUGGCAGGUCUCGCUCUCGUCGCCGCAGCUGUGUUCUUCUACAUCCGCCGUCGUCGCUCGAACGCUGGGUAUGGUGAUGUCGCACUUGUUUCGUUCGACGAGGACGAGAAUGGACGACAACAAGCACCGGAAUAUGAGGACAAGGGAGCGAUUGAGACUUCGUCUUCGCCCGUUCACGAAGUUGAGAGUGCGCACAUCGGUGAACUUCCUUCAAAAGGGCCGAACAAAUUUCACCUCGGCGAGUUACCUUCUAAGGUACAUCCGACAGAAGUCGACGGCACUGGUAUCGCUGAGCUGCCUGGUCAUGAUGUGGACCGCAGAUAG